AUGUUUCUCCGUCUAAUACCCGCGUGCUCGGGUGCAGGCCACACGCAGUUCACCAACGACCUGGAGUGCGUCCGCCGGGAGGCCAAGCGGCUGCGACGCAAAGGCGUGCGCAUCUUGAUCGCCCUGGGCAACUCGGGUCUGACGGAGGACAAACGCAUAGCCACGCAUGUGCCCGAGGUGGGCGUAGUCGUGGGCGGCUUCUCCCACUCCUUCCUGUUCAGCACAGCCCUGCUGCAGAACACGCCCGACACCGCCGACGGGCCGUACCCGGUGGUCAUUCAGCGGGCCGACGGCAGCCAGGGUCUCGUCGUGCAGGCCUACUGGCAGGGCAAAUACGUGGGAGUGCUCCACGCCACGUUCGACAGCGACGGGAAUGUCAUCCGUUAUUCCGGCCAGCCCGUACUCAUGGACAAAGCAAUCAGCAAAGCCUUGCCUCGGGGGCACGAAUUGGAACAGCUGCUUUCGAGUAUCUCGGCCGACGCAUACAAAGACCGCAAUCGCGUGGUUGGAAGCACGAAGGUACUCCUCGAGGGAAGCCGCCAAGUGUGCCGCCUCACAGAGUGCACCAUGGGCAACCUGAUUGCCGACGCCAUGUUCUACUGGUUUGCCGGUCUCUCUCCGCUCAACGACAAACUCUGGGGACCCGUGAACGGCGCCUUGAUCCCCGGGAGGGACAUCUUUACCUCCAUCGAUUACGAUAUUACGCAAGGUAGAAUUCUUAUGAAACAUUUGUUCGAGGUUUUGGGUGGUGAGCAUCUGCUCAUCUAUUCCUAUACUGUAGAAAUGAACGGUGCACACUUGUACGAACUGUUUGAACGUUCUGUACAAAGAUACACACCUGAUGCCAAUGUACCACUCCAGGAAUUCCUUCAAGUUUCAGUAAUGGGCUAA